AAUUACACGAUGUUAAAUUAGUGUGACCAUUUCAUGAAAAAGUGACCAUAUUGUAAAAUAUUUUUGAACUUCACAAAGUGUAAAAAAUCCGUUUCCAUUUUAUGAAAUGGUCAUCUUUUCAUGAAAAGAUCAAUUUCAUCAAGUGGCUACGACAUAUAUAUAUAUAUAUCCAACCGACUCGAGUUCGCCGCCGUCGCUAGAUUAAGCGAUUGCCAAUUGGGCCCAGUGAUUUCCAGCUGUUACGAGCCAAAAUAUCGUUACGAUUUUGUCGUGAGACCGUUUUCGCAGUUCCAUUGAAGACAUUGAAGACUUAAAGCAGAUACGUCUCGCUGCAGCGUUGCUGACAGAGCGAUGAACUUAAAAGACAAUUAUUCAUUGGUGGCUUAAGCUUCAAGACAACAGAUGAAUCACUUGGAGACUUUUUUGGGCAAUGGGGUGAAGUUGAAGCGGCUGUUGUCAAGAAAUACCCUCAUACCGAUCUAUCUCGGGGAUUUGGAUUUGUUACUUAUUCCCAAUCCUAUAUGGUUGAUCUGGCCAUGUCAAAUACACCUCAUAUAAUAGAUGCUCGUGAAGUUGAAGCCAAGCCUGCUUUACCUCAUUCCAGAAAACAUGUCAGACAAUUAUUCAUUGGUAAUUUACACUCGAAGACAACACAUGGAUCACUUAAAGAAGUUUUUGAGCAAUGGGGUGAAGUUGAAGCAGCUGUUGUCAAGAGAUGCUAUCAAUCCAAUCGAUCUCGGGGAUAUGGAUUUGUUACUUAUUCUCAGUCGUAUAUGGUUGAUCAGGCAAUGUCAAAUACGCCUCAUACAGUAGAUGGUCAUGAAGUUGAAACCAAGCUUGCGAUACCUCAUUCCGUAAAUGAAUUAAAUAUCAAAGUUGAUGAAAAUAAAGUGUUUGUUUCUGGCAUAAACAAGCAAUCAGAACAUGAUCUUUAUUUAUAUUUCAGACGAUUUGGCAAUAUCACUUCCAUAAAAAUAGUGAGAGAUAAAUAUACUGGUAAUAUGAAAGGAUUUGGGUUUAUUAAGUAUGAUGACCAAACUUCAGUUGACAAAGCUCUUUCGAUCGAAAGUCAUCUAGUAGCCGGAGGAAGAUUGCGCAUAAUGAAAGCUCUAUGUCGUAGAAUUUAUGCCCAUGACAUCUAAAGGAGUCAUGGUUAUGUCGGAGGGUUCAACCAUUACAGUAAUAGCAAUAACUUGUGUUUUCCAAGCGGAGGAUUUUAUGACAACAUCAAUAUAUUUUAUUAAUUUUCCAACCCUCUUCAAUUUAAAUUUAUGGUUCAAUGUCUCUUCAUUUAUUGUAAAAAAUAAUCAUGUGUCAACAAAUAAAUAUUUUACUUAAUUCUUAAUGAUUACAUUAAUAAAUUAAACUUAAAUUAAUUUUCUUAAUCAUAAAGAAUAAAUUUAGCACUUUUCGU